GUGCAAGCAGACACUGCAGUAACUAUUUCAUUUUCGGUGUACGCCAUCUUGGCUAAAGGCAAAGCAACAUUUUGCGGUCUUUCGGAAAAUAGCUUUUAAGCAGUGACGUAUUACUGCUAGCUGACUUCAAGUGAUACGCUGAGUGCGCUUUAGUUUAUGGGCCGAAGCGACUUCAAUGAUGUAAUAUUAAUAACUACGAUAAGUGUGGUUAGCAAAACUGUGGUAUAGAGUUUUAAUCAUUAAGGUUCAAGUAGAACUAGAACUUCUACUUCUAGUAGAGGGUUCUUUUGGAAAAUGAAUUUUCAUGAUAUUUUUCAACGUUUAUUUGGUUUUCGUAGAGAACCUGAAGAUUUUCGACAAUACGACGAUAAGAUAAAUGCGGAAAGUCAAAAAGACUUUUUAGAUGAUUUCUUCAGGAAGACACCAAAUAUAUGGAUGUCUGAUGACAACAGCAAUGAAGAAAGAGUUGACAUUGAAAGACAUUCUGGCAGCAAAACUGAGUUAUUUAAUUUUGAUGAAACGCUUAGAGAACCUUUGGAAAUGUUUAAACAUUUUCAAAAAAUUUUCCAUAACUUUGGAAUGUUAGAACAUUUGUCUCCACCAGAAACUGGUGUUCCAGGUGGUGAUGAAAAUCCUAGAGACAGAAUGUUAAAGAAGCCAGAAAAAAAGAACAGAGCUCAGAUUCCUCAGAUCCAGGAAUGGUGGGAUGUAGAUCCUGAAGUUGUAAAACAAGAAUCUAUGUGUGAUAAGGAUUUGGAUGAUGAGGUUGCUCAUGGAGGCCUUGGACAAUUUUUCAAUGACCAACCAUACAAUAGAUCCUUUUACAAAGGUGUUUCUGUCAGAACUAUUCGUGAAGCAGAUGGGAGGACAGAAGAGCAAAAAACUAUUCAUGAUAGCAAAGGAAAUGAAGAAACCACAAUUUGCAGAACACUUGGUGACCAAACCUAUUGUGUGACAACAUGUAUAGACAGUUCAGGAACUAAAAAAAGAAAAGAAGCCAUGAAAAAUUUAGAUGAAAUUAAGAUGCUGGUGAAGUGCCAUUGCAGUUAACAGAAAUCUACUGUAUUGUAUAUACAUUCUGAAUGUUCAGAAUAAAAUAUUCUAGAAUUGGAAAACAUAGUUGUUUGUUUAUUUUAUUUGGGCUGUAUUCAAGGUGUACUUAGUGCAUUUAAAAUUUGAAGUUAAUAUAUUUUUCUACUGCAACAGUUCCUUUUCUAAAUGUACUAUAUAUACUCAUGCAAUAGUUGACCAAAAAAUCAUAAUUUUUCAUAUAUCUUGUGUAAAAGUCAACCUAAUUUUUCUGGCAACCACUCAACCCAGGCUGGGUCAUUUUAUAUACUGAAAACUUGUAAAAACACUUAACUCUACUAACAUGGAUUCAGUCCAAGGGACUGACCAUGUGAUAAUUUUUACUUGUUUAUAGUUUUAGUACUGUACUGUAAAAACUGAAGGACGACCUAAAUGACAGCUUUAAUCGUAAAUUGGGCUUUUCUGAUGUAGGUUUUAAUUUUAGGGAAAUAUUAUGCACUUAAGAUUUUCCAAGAAAUGGAAACUUGCAUGUACUGUAAACCAACAGCUUUUUUUUGUCAAAGAAAAGUUAAAAUUUGAACAAAAUGAAAGUAAUAUCUUGAUUUUUGUAAUUAAUAUUUGUAAUUAAGCCUGUAUAUUUGCAUUUGCUUAGUAUUAAAAUGGCAAAGAUAUU